AUAAGUCCAGAUUUAAGAAAAGCUUCUCGCCAUGCUCACAACUUAAUUAGCAUCAUCAACAUAACACAUAACAGAAAAUCAAUAUAGCUGAAGAAGAAGAAGGCAGCGUAUUAGACACGGUACAGAGACCAAGGUAUUGCUGUUAAUAUGGCACAAACUUCUAUAGUUCCAGCAGAUAUCUUGCUAGCGAGGCGUGUCCAAGAAAUGGUCCUCAACGGUGAAGAACCACCACCACCUUAUAUUUGUAGAGACGAUGGUCCAACACAAGUUGUGUCUUCAACUUUAUGUUCAAUACCAAUCAUUGACUUUGGCCUCCUCUCAUCACCAGCACCAGAUAUUGCUCAACAAAAACAAGAAUUGGACAAGCUUCGAUUAGCACUCUCUUCUUGGGGCUGCUUUCAGGCAGUGAAUCAUGGGAUAUCGGUUUCCUUUUUGAAUGAGGUUCGCCAAGUUGGGAGGGAUUUUUUUCAGCAGCCGAUGGAGGAAAAGAACAAAGUUUGUAAAGGGGUUGAAGAAUUUGAUGGGUAUGGCGCAGACCCAGUUCCUGAAGAAGGACAGUCUCUAGACUGGUCUGAUCGCUUGUUUCUUUAUCUAUACCCACAAGAUACAAGGAAGUACACAUUCUGGCCAACAAACCCACCAUCAUUCAGGGGUGUUUUGGAAGAAUAUGGUAGAAAGAUAAUGGAGGUGACAGAUCUGGUUUCCAGAGGAAUGGCAAGGUCACUGAACUUGGAAGAGAAGUGCUUUGUGAAUCAGAUUGGUGAGGAAGCAACAUUACAAGCAAGGUUCAAUUACUAUUCUAGGUGUGAGUGGCCAGAUCUUGUUCUUGGCCUUAAGCCUCACGCAGAUUCAACUGCUUUUACCAUCAUCCUGCAAGAUGAUGUUGAAGGCCUCCAAAUCCACCAAGAUGGCAAAUGGUUCACUGUUCCGACAAUCCAAAACGCCCUUUUAGUUCUCGUGGGUGAUCUCAUGGAGAUGAUGAGUAAUGGGGUGUUCAAGAGUCCAGUUCAUAGGGUAUUAACCAACUCAGAGAGGGACAGGUUAUCAGUUGCCAUGUUCUAUCAACCUGCACUAAGCCGAGAGAUCGGACCAGAAGAAGGUUUGGUGAGUGAAGAACAGCCCAGGUUGUUCAAAAAGGUCAAAGAUUAUCCAACUAUACAUUGGGAUUUUUAUCAACGAGGAAUGAGGGCACUUCAUGUCGCCAGAGUUUGAAUGGAUCUGCACCCAUAUUACACUAUGCAACUGUGUGAUAUUCUUGUGCUAUCAAUCGUGAGAGUGUGAGUUUAUCUUCUUGCCUAUAUGUUGAUAUGAUAGCCUGCGUGCCUAAGUCCUAUAUUUUAUUUGCCUUUGGUAGCAUGGCUUUCUUUUGUAUAUGUGUCCAUCAAAUGCCCCAGAAUCUCUGUAUAUAACACUUUCAUCAAAUAUCUAUCCUUUGUGUCCUACUUAAAA